AUUUUAUUGAACGGGAUUAUCAAAUGGUGGAAUGAGGGUGUCGUGGUAAUUAGGGGCUACUGAUGGUGUAGGAAAUGAUCGAUUUUAAAAAUGUGAUGAGGGGCAGGGAUUAACAUGUUAACAAUGGUUGGGGUAAGGACUACUGCGAAAAUUUCAGUGUCAUAAUAAUAAUGUUGGGGAAUACCUGUGUAUUUGUGGAAUCGCCCAUAGUAGCUGUUUAACUAGUGAUUUUCUCGAAGCUUCUGAUAAACUAAAUAGCCAAAUAAUAAUAACUAAAUAAUGUUGGGAAUGGUCUCACCAGUCAAUAAAACCAUUCCUCUUACAUUUUCAUUUAAAAAAUUUAUUCUGGUAUAGAAUUUAAAAUCUAGGGAGUUUAGGGCGUCGCCAUUUUGUCCCUAGCAGAACAGAUGUCGCCUGACCCGCUCGUCCAGGUAUUUAUUAUGAGGCCCAACGCUGACUGACCACUUCAGUCACUUAAAAUCCAUCGAACGAGCAUUGCCUAAAUCAUUUCGUCUCCAAUUAGUGCAGUUAGAAUGACUCUGGCCUCAUCACUCAAUUAAUUUUUGAAUGACAAUAUCCAAAGAAAAUAUUAAAAUGGCAGAGUCGACGUCCUCAGAUAUACCAGAAUGGAAGCAUCCUCACGAAGUGAUGCAGUUGCAUCGCUUGAAAAUGAGAAAACGUGCACUCCAGGCUCGCAUGAAUCGCACGUCUACUGGAAGUGCGAAGCCCUCGUUGGAUAUCACCAUCACAGGACCACUGAGUGAGUUGGUCGCUUCAGCAUGUCAGAAACGAAAAAAUCCAUUUGUGAAGAAUGAUGUGAACAAGAGACCCAAAGAAUCCCUCCAGCCAGACGUAGAAGUCAGUGGAGACUCAGUGAUAUUCGAAUUGAUGAAGGGAAAAUCGUCCACAAGUCAGAAUGACGAAAAUAUUCAGCCAAAAAAAAUGGAACCAUCCCCUUUAUCAUUUACCAGGGCUUUGUCGAAUUUGGAAAAUUUUGAUAAUUAUAAGACUGACUUGGAGAGUUCUAAGGGUGUUAACUAUGUACCUAUCGAUUGGAGUCUGAAUUCCAAAGUGAGAUUUAUGUCGACGAAACCUUUUCCCUGGAAUGGAAAAUUAAAAACUAGUGAACAGGCAUCUGGAACAACUGGAUUUGUCAGGUGUCUGGAUAUUGGAGAGCAGGAAACUACUCUGGAUACUAGUCCAAAUGCUAGGUUUCACAGAUGUUGUCUAGUUUGGCAGCAUCCGUCCUUACCGUGGCUCGAACUAUUCCCUCGUGCAGCUGGAAAAGUCAGUGCUAGUCUAGCCAGUAAUUCAGCUAUCGCCCAUAAUCAAUUUAUCAAGGAUGCCCUCUUCUCAGCGUGGACUGAGAGUUUCCGUUCGUUAUUCCAUCUGUUGCGAGCUAGACAGUGUCCUUUUUUUUACGUAUGUGCUAACAAUUUCACUGCACUGUUUCGAGCCGCUGGUAUCUGUGGAGUCUCCGAGGUUCAUGUGCUCUUGUCACCCACUACGAGAGGAUUCAGACAAGCUUUGAAGCAAGAAGAUAUUCAAUACACAAUGCCUCUGAAGCCAGGACGUAAGAGACGAUCAGACACCACUGAUUCUGGAUGUGAUACCUUAGAAUCUACUUCGGAUACCAUUAUCUCAGCUGAUGCCCAAGGUGAUGACUCCAAUUUCGAUGAUGAUGAUGGAGAAGAUGAUUUGUUAGCGAGUCUCGGUAUCGAAGAUUCAGAAAUUAAGAAGAUCAAUAACGUACAGAAACGAAUUACCUUCGAAAAAGAAGCUGAAGUCGAUGCUCUGAAGCAGUCCCUUAUUUUUGUCAAAGGUGUGGAAGCUCAGGCGUUAUUCAAUUUCUUAAUAAAUUGUAAGUCAGCAGUCGCAGUGUCUGGAGCACUCGCUGGAGUACCUCCUACCCUUCUUGCACCAACUGCAUUUCAUGGAGCCACGUUGAAACCUUUGAAGGUGAGAGAGAGUGUCGUACGAGUUGAUACUGAAAAAUUCCAUUCGUUGGAAAUUAGAGGACCACUUUUGCCACAUAUGCUGCCUAAUCUCUGUCAUCUCAUGAAAUCUAGUCACUUGGACAAAUUUUCAGCCAGUUUUGCCCAACUUACGUCGACCAAUGCAUUUUCAGCUGCUAAACAUGGUUUAGAUUCACCUGCAGAAGACGAGAAUGACGAACCAAAGCCAGAGAGUGUGUUUGGCCAGGAGAAUUUGUCCGAUUGUGGAUUCAAUUCAGAAUUAUUGUCACAUUUUUGCAAUCCUGAUACAACACACAUUCAAGUCGUAGAAAGUUUGAAAUUUUCUAAUGACGUUUACACGUGGUCUUGAUGAUCGUCGAAGAAUAUUAGUGAUUCAGUGAGGGAAUGGAAAUUAUCGAUUUUACUCAUUGAUUUGAGGACUCCAGUUAAGUGGUACCACUUGUACAUCUCGAGAUGUGGAAUUAUUUCAUCAUUGUUGACAAUAUUAUUCAUUAUAUGCCGUACCAUCUAGUCUUCAGUUUACGGAAGGAACACUUUACAUAAUCAAUUUACACAUUGAGAUUUUCUCAUCACAGCUUAUUUAUUUAAUUUAUAUUCGGACUCGUGUCGAUGGGAAAAUGAAGAGAAAAUUGUUAGAUACAUUUAUUAAGAUUGAGCAAAUCCACGAGAUCAAUAGGGAAAUAGGUGACGAUACAUUGGGAUGAUCUUGUUGAUAUUUCAUAGUUGAAUAAAAAUUAAUUCCAUUUUUAAUAGUUGUUAAGUGAUGUAUUAUUUGUAGUGGUUUUCCUGACAUGUUUUUAACUUGUAUCUUGAGAUCUAUCCUUUUAAUUAAUUGAAAAAUUAUGUAAACUACACAAGUUUUUUAGAAAUAUAAAUCACAUUUUGAAUA